AUGAGUUUUUAUGCUUUUAUUAUAUUUUUAACAAUAUAUUAUACAUAUAAUAUUGGUUAUUCUUUUAAAUUAAAACUAAAAACCAGUAUUACAUUUUUAAAUGGAUACAAAAAAAAUACUCUAAAAAAAAGCUCAAAACUUUAUAACAAUUUAGAAAAAGUUAAUAAUGAUUUAAAAAAAGAAGAUAUAAUAAAAAAAUGGAGUGAUAAUUAUCAUUUGAGAAUUAUAUUAAAUUCAUAUUUUUCUGAUCAUUUACAAAAGGCAGUUUUAAAUGUAAAAGAAAAAAUAAAUCAAUAUCCCCAGUUUAAUAUUGUUGGUCCAAUUCCUCAAAAGACAAUAAAAAAGAGAUUUACUUUUUUAAGAUCACCACAUGUUGAUAAAGACAGUAGAGAACAAUUUGAAAUAAGACAAUAUGGUUGUAAACUAGAUAUUUACUUAAAUUCUUCCAUUAGUUUGAAGAAUUCAGAAUUCGUAAGUUUUUUAUCAGUUAAACUACCAAGAUUUGUCGGUUUUGAAUAUUAUUUUGAAGAAAAUUAUAAAGGACUAACAAAAAAAGAAAUUAAUAGUUUAAAAAAAAAAAAGUAUGUCAACAAAUAUUAUAAAAAUUUAUUUGAUUCGACGGAAAAAAAGAAGUAUGUAGAUUUAUUAUUAGAAAAUUCAAAAUAUAUGAACGUGAAAUUACCAAGAAACUUUUAUGAUUUAUAUAAAUAUCCAUUAGAUAUAUUACGCCACUUCUAUAAAAAAACAAUGGAAAAAAAGAAAUGGUACCAUGAAAAUGAAGAAUUAAUGAAAAAAAUAGAAUCUCUUUCUUUUGAUUAA